AAAUUAAUCUAUAUAUAUAAAGAGCAAUGUAUAUACUAUUGCUAAUACGAAUAUAUAGAUCUUCGUUAAUAUAUUAGGAUAAAAUUGUUACACACGGAGUCGCUCCCCUCUACACAGUAGACGGGAUAUCGCAGUGUGUUUCUGUGUGCCAGUGUCUGUAUUUGCUUCCAGGGUUCUGCACAGAGGGCUGGGACAUGGCGUCCUGUAUGAGGUCCAGGACUCUCAGUAAAGAUGAUGUGAACUAUAAAUUGCAUUUCAGGAUGAUCAACGAACAGCAAGUUGAGGAUAUCACCAUUGAUUUCUUCUACAAACCUCACACCAUCACCCUCCUGACCUUCACCACCAUCAGUCUGAUGUACUUUGUCUUUACAAGGGAAAAUACGAGCCAAGAAGACAAUAUUUGGAAGGGCAUCUUAUCUGUGAUCUUUUUCUUUCUAAUUAUCAGUGUUUUAGCUUUUCCAAAUGGUCCCUUUACCCGACCUCAUCCUGCGAUAUGGCGAAUGGUUUUUGGUCUCAGUGUGCUGUACUUCCUUUUUUUGGUAUUCCUGCUCUUCCUUAACUUUGAACAAGUAAAGGCUGUAAUGUAUUGGUUGGAUCCAAAUCUCCGUUACGCAACAAGAGAAGCUGACAUCAUGGAAUAUGCUAUUAAUUGUCAUGUUAUCACUUGGGAACGAAUACUCAGCCAUUUUGACAUAUUUGCAUUUGGGCAUUUCUGGGGAUGGGCAAUGAAGGCUUUGUUAAUACGCAGCUAUGGCGUAUGUUGGACUAUCAGCAUCACAUGGGAGUUGACAGAGUUGUUCUUUAUGCAUCUUCUUCCUAACUUUGCUGAGUGUUGGUGGGAUCAAGUAAUCUUGGACAUUCUUCUAUGUAAUGGAGGUGGUAUCUUCUUGGGUAUGGUGGUUUGCCGCUUCCUAGAGAUGAGGUCCUAUCACUGGGCAAGCUUCAAGGACAUUCAUAGCACAACAGGCAAAAUUAAAAGGGCAAUGCUGCAAUUCACCCCAGCAAGCUGGAUCUAUGUGCGCUGGUUUGAUCCAAAGUCUUCGUUUCAGAGAGUAGCUGGAGUUUAUCUCUUCAUGAUCGUCUGGCAGCUGACAGAGCUGAACACAUUCUUUUUAAAACAUAUCUUUGUUUUCCAAGCAAGCCACCCCUUAAGCUGGUGCAGGAUUCUCUUUAUUGGAGUGAUCACGGCACCUACUGUGAGACAGUACUAUGCAUAUCUGACUGAUACACAAUGCAAGAGAGUUGGAACUCAGUGCUGGGUGUUUGGCGCCAUCGCUUUCCUUGAAGCAAUAGUAUGCAUCAAGUUUGGUCAAGACCUCUUCAAUAAAACGCAUUUGCUGUAUGUGGUACUUUGGCUUCUGUGUGUGGCGAUCACUACGUUCUUGUGCCUGUAUGGCAUGGUGUUUGCUGAUCAUUAUGGUGAAAGACAAAAGACUUAUUCAGAGUGUGAAGACAGCACUUACAACACAGAUGUCCCCUGGCACCAUUCUGAGAAGUCCGUUGAGGCUCCAUCAAAACAGAAUGAGACCACAUCAUCUUCAUCAUCCUCCUCAAGAAGAAAGAAUCGCUCCAGAACAAAAGUAACCAAUGGUGUAGGCAAGAAAUAAUCUGGGCAUCCAGAGUGCACCAUAAAAUGGAAGAAGAGAAUGAACCUGGUUCUGAGACUGUUGUACUGUGGUUCAUACACAUAAGGAUGGAAAGAAACCUUAAAAAGAUGUGUGCCAGAAUCUUCAGCACUUUAAUGUUUCUUAUGUGAUUAUGACUUCCAAUCAUCGCCUGCUGUCUUGGCUCUUAGAACCUUUAAAGAUAUUCUGGCAAUUUGUAACCACUUAUAACUGGUUCACAAGACAGAACAAGCUGGCAAGAGAACUGAUGACAGGUUUAGUCUGACAGUUUGCCCUUUAUUUCUCAUGCUAACAUAGAUGACCAUGGAGCCUGAGCUUCAUUUCUUUAAACCUGGUCAUAUAUUAUUUUACAGUGUACCAGCUUCUUUUUGUUGUUGUUGUUUUUUUCUUUAGUAUUAGGCUCCAAACACGUUGCUGCCUGGCCAGGUUUGCAUGCUUUUAGUGUGUUUAUUUUGUUGUGUCUAAAGAGAGCUCCUUUUAAAAACAGUCAUUAUAGGGAGCUGUAUAUUUAAUUUGCAUAAAUAUGUAUGCAUUGGCUCGUGGAAAUUACAGGUUGUUUUCUACUAUAGUAUUCUAUGUAUCAAAUCACAUAUACAAACCUCACGGCCAUAAUGUUUUUAAAUGUGAUGUUAUUUUUGUUUACUGAAUCUCAUUUCUUCCAACUCGUAUUCAAGGGUUGGUAUGUAGCAUUUAAAAACGCACAGAAACGGGAUGCCAAAAUAUACUUUGGAAAAGUGUAUUUGCCAUAAAGUGCUUAAGGAGAGGUUUGAUUUUUUUUAAUUUGGGAAUAAAGAAAAUGCCCAUCAUACAUGCACAAAAUAAACCACUUUAAAAUAAAACAAACUACUUUUAUUCAGUUGUACAUUUACCAUGAAACAAAACCCUUUGGCUGUGUUUUUUUGUCAUAUUAAAGUGCGAUGUUUCUCAA